AUGGAGAUGGAGAAUGCUAAAAAAAAUGGAGCAGAUACACAUAUUGAAGGCUCACUAUCUGCUCGGGAAAAGGUUGGCGUUGAAGAUUUUGUGCUGCUAGAUUCACACACCAGUGAAGCCGCUUUCCUUGACAAUCUGCGCAAGAGAUUCCAGGAGAAUCUUAUUUAUACAUACAUUGGAACAUUACUGGUUUCUGUGAACCCAUACAAGGAACUUGACCUAUAUACCGAGAGGCAAAUGGAAAUAUACCAAGGAGUAAAUUUCAUCGAGCUGCCACCACACAUUUACGCUAUCGCAGAUAAUGCAUAUAGGGUAAUGUGUACUGAGCGAAACAAUCAGUGUAUCCUCAUCUCUGGAGAAAGUGGAUCUGGCAAAACUGAAACAUCAAAGAAAAUCCUUCAGUACCUGGCAAUGGCAUGUCCAACCACAGAAAAGCUUCAAACAAUAAGAGAUCGACUCCUUCUCUCCAAUCCUGUUUUGGAGGCUUUUGGAAAUGCCAAAACUCUUCGUAAUGACAACUCUAGCAGAUUUGGAAAGUAUAUGGAUGUGCAAUUUGACUUCAAGGGAGCACCAGCCGGAGGCCACAUUCUUAGUUAUUUAUUAGAGAAGUCUCGGGUGGUCCAUCAGAAUAAUGGGGAGAGGAACUUCCAUAUCUUCUACCAGUUAUUGGAGGGAGGUGAAGAUCAUCUCAUAAGGUGGCUGGGUCUAGAGCGUAACCCAGAGCUUUACAGUUACCUCAUUCAGGGAGAGUGUGCCAAAGUAAAUUCUAUCAGUGACAAAGCCAAUUGGAAGCUAGUCCGCAGGGCAUUUACCAUUAUUGAGUUCACUGAAGCUGACAUAGAGCAUCUCUUUGGAUUAGUAGCCAGUGUCCUGCACUUGGGCAAUGUAAAGUAUGAAGAGGACAGCCAUGGUCAUGCCAUAAUCACUGACGGCGCACAGAUCCGAUGGAUUUCUAAGCUUCUUGGGGUUCCCCUGUCUAUUUUGCAAGAAGCAUUAACACAUAAAAAGAUUGAGGCAAGGUCAGAACAGGUCCUCAGUCCUCUCAAUUUAGAAUUGGCAUAUUAUGCUAGAGAUGCCCUUGCCAAAGCUAUGUACGGAAGAUCCUUUAACUGGCUUGUCAACAAAAUCAAUGGAUCUCUUGCAAAUAAGGAGCCACCAAAGAAAACAGUCAUUGGACUUCUAGAUAUUUACGGCUUUGAAGUGUUUGAAACAAACAGCUUUGAACAGUUUUGCAUUAAUUACUGUAAUGAAAAACUUCAGCAACUCUUCAUUUCUAUGACACUCCAGGCAGAGCAAGAGGAAUAUGAGAUAGAGGGAAUUGAGUGGGAGCCAGUCCAAUAUUUUGACAACAAGAUCAUUUGUGAUUUAAUUGAAGAAAAAUACAAAGGAAUAAUUGCUAUAAUGGAUGAGGAGUGUUUGAGGCCUGGUGAAGCCACAGACCUUAGCUUUCUAGCAAAGUUAGAGGAGAAGGUUGGGGACCAUCCUCAUUUCUUAACCCGCAAGCUUGCAGGUCCUGGGACAAGGAGGUAUAUUGACUGGGUAGACUUCCAACUUAUUCACUAUGCAGGGGAGGUCACAUACUGUGCUGUGGGUUUUUUGGAGAAGAAUAAUGACCUUUUGUACAGGAACCUUAAAGAGGUGGUUAUUAAAUCCAAAAAUUAUAUCCUAAGGGAUUGUUUUCAUGCAUCAGAACUGGACAACAGAAAGCGCCCUGAGACUGUAACCACUCAGUUUAAAAAUAGCUUGUCAAGCCUUAUAGAAAUUUUGAUGUCCAAGGAACCAGCUUACAUUAGAUGUAUCAAACCAAAUAAUGACAAACAGCCAGGAAAGUUUGACGAUAUGUUGGCUCGUCACCAAGUGAAAUACCUAGGUUUAAUGGAGUAUUUAAGAGUCAGAAGAGCAGGAUUUGCCUACCGUAGAAAGUAUGAGAACUUCCUCCAGAGGUAUAAAUCCCUGUGUCCAGAUACUUGGCCUAGUUGGGCUGGACCUGCUCGUGAAGGUGUAGAAAGAUUGGUGAAGUACAUUGGCUACCAACCCAAUGAGUACAAACUUGGAAGAACCAAGUUGUUUAUACGUUUUCCUCGCUCCUUAUUUGCCACUGUGGAUGCAUUUGAACAAAGAAAGCAUCAGCUGGUUUCAAAAAUCCAGGCCAAAUACAAAGGGUGUUUAGGAAAAAGAGCUUUCCUUAAAAAGAAGAAAGCAGCUAUCAAGCUGGAAUCAUGCUGGAGAGGUGUUUUAGCCCGCCGGGCUGCCAAGAAGCGUGCAUGGGCAGCUGAAACAAUCAGGAAGUUUAUUGCUGGCUUUAUCAACCGAAAUCGGUCUCCAGGUGACGCGAAUAGAGACUUCCUCCCCCUAAUGUACCACAACUACCUCUGUCGACUUAGAGACCAUGUGCCUAAAAAUGUCUUGGAUAAGAGUUGGCUGACCCCCCCAUCAGCUAUGGAAAAGGUAUCAGAAAAGCUUCAUAAGCUGUGCAUGAGAAAUUUGGUGAGAAAAUACUGCAGGUCAGUCACUCCACAGAAAACCGUGCAGAUGCAGCAGAAACUUGUGGCUAGUGACCUGUUCCGGGGAAAAAAAGAGGGCUAUCAGCAAAGUAUAUGCCAACCCUUUGAAGAGACCCGGCUAAAUGAACAAGAUCUCAAUCCGAAACUGCUUAUGACCAUGUGCUAUGACAAGAUUAAGUAUGGCAUCCCAGCAAUCAAGUACGAUAGACAUGGAUUUAAGGCUCGCCCCCGACAUCUCCUAUUGACAGAGACAAAACUGUAUGUGACUGAACAAGUCAAAAUCAAGCAGAAGAUUGAAUACUCAAACAUAAAAGAAAUUUCUGUCAGUGACAUGAGUGAUGGAUUCCUAAUCAUUCAUGUAUCUCCAGAAGACAAUAAACAGAAGGGAGAUAUUGUAUUACAGUGUGAUCAUAUCUUUGAAGUUGUCACUAAAUUGUGCAUGUUGGCUUCAAAGCAAGAUGCAGUCAAUAUAGGCCACGGAAGCCUGACAUUUCAAUUCCAAGGCAGGAAAGGGUCUAUCGAUUUCAUAUCGGGGAACGAGUUACAGGUGUGUAAAGCCAAGAAUGGACAUCUGACAGUGACGUCUCCUAGAUUAAAAUCCUAAUGAACACAA